AUGUCUAGCGAGGACCAAAUCAUCCAUCAGUGGCUUGCCACUCAGGAGGAGAAACGGGCUGCAGUCCGCCGUUAUAUCACGCGCAUUGACGAGUUCCGAAAAGCAAUUCUCAACGAGAAAGGUCUAACGAAAAAGGAUAGAGAUUCUUACCUUCAACAACUUGACACGGCCCGACAAUUGGUCGCAUCUCUGGAGAAGAAAUUAAAUGGCUUCAUAAAUGCGAUAUGGAAUUGGAAUUCUGUGAGGAAGAUCCAAAUUCCUGCUAUAGAAGUAAUGUUGAAUGAUCUUGAAAAAAGCUUUUCUGACGCUUCCGCUGCUACAAAGUUUACCAUACCCAUAAUUUCACACGAAGCUAGAGAGGCAAUCGAAAGGGCGGUGUCACUGACACAGCCUCAAGUACAACAACCGCAAGUACAGUCGCAAGUGCCAACCAGCUUGCCCCCUCCUCCCAGACUACAUGGCCAUGUUGAGACAACCCACAUCACUCAAAAACCAAUGCACCUUUCUGGAGGUGCACAGGCUUCUUUAGUUGGAAGCGGAAUCAUAGGAAUAUCUGAGUCUUCUUUGUAUUCGGCACCAGAGCAUCAAAGUCAAUAUAUCGCAGUAGAAUCGGCUUCUACUGAUGAACCCGAAACGGGAUACGCCAGUCCUCACAGGCAUAUCCAUACCCAGAAUCUAUCAAUUUCGUCUACUAAUACCUUUGGAUAUCCCAAGCAUAGCCAUCACCACGGUGACAAGCAAGCACUUAUUCAUGGACUUCAGUAUAUGUCAUCAAGUCAGCAGGGGGAGCAUAACGAUAAUUCGUCCAUUUUGUCCACCUCGUCCAGCGGCUAUGGAACCGAGGAAGGUCAAACGCCGACACACUGGACAAACCAACAGGGACAGCAAGAUCACUCAGAAGGUCGUCAUAGGGCAGGGCAUAGUGUGAAUGUAUCGGUGUCGUCUUCAAACACUUUUGGAUAUCCAUCCAACUUCGACACCGAGCAAGAACAAACACCCCAAAUAUGA